AUCCAAGGAUCACCACGUUGGUUUUUUGACAGGGGUUUUUCAAUUUCCGUUUACAAAAAACAACGAUCUCAAGAUCUCAAGAUUUUCUUGUGAACACUGCUGUAAAAACUAGUAAAAACUUUUAAAUAUAGUGAAAAAUACUUUGACGCCAACAAAGGCGCUAAGUGUAACGUCAAAGAGCGCAUGCAACAGCAGAAAGAACGAUGAAUCUCUAUUGAAAGAAGAAAUGCAUCUUGCAACCAUAGCAAACUCGAAGGUUUCAGUUUCGUACGACAGGUUUCGCAGCAAGUACCAAUCUAAACACUUAUUUCACAGUUACCUACUAGUUAUUCCAUCAGGAUGCCAUAUGAUCGCUACAAAAUAGAAAUAAUGCACUAUUUAAACCCUCAUCUAAUAUGGGUUGAAGUCUGUGACCCAUCAGUUCUUAAAGAAGGAUUUUUAUUUGAACAAAUCGGCAUUUACGGCAUACUGCCUAUGGAAAAGACUAUGGAGUUCAGUUUGACUGAAUAUCCAUUUCUGAAUAUGAAAAGCCAGAAAUGCGACGAAUGGCUGCUUGCCGCUUCACUUGACGUGAAAGAAUUGUUAGACACGGCUGCAGAAGUAUGGUUUUCGCCAAAAUUCAUAGAUAGAAGAUUUAGCAUAUUUAAGAACAGCAUACAUAAAUAUGGUGAAAUAAUAAUUCAAACACAGACUGGGGAAUUAAUAGAGUUUUCAAAACAGCUCAUUAAAUUGGGCUAUGCUGAAAUGAAUGUUUGUGAAUUCCAUGAGAAGCUAAGUUGUGACAAACUUAACACUAAACUGAGUACAUUUCAAACUCGUGCAGUAGUCAAAGAAUUGGAAAAAUAUUGCAUAAGAAAGGAUAGAUCUGAAAAUCUUUUGAAAGAGUCUCUAACAGUGUCGAAUUUAAAUAUACAUAAUAAUGAGAUCAUACAGAAACUACAUAAAAUCAUACAGAUACUAAAAAAUAAACCCAAAGAUGACAAAAAUAUUGAAAAAGCAUUUCCAGAUGACUAUUUUAAGACAAAACCAAAGAGUGUUAAAAAUUAUCUAGUUAAUAAAAGAACCAAUAAAACUGAUAGUUAUUGUAAAGAAAAAACAAGAUCUAAGGAAAACAAUAAUAGCAGCAAUAGACAUCAAGAAAAAAAUAUUGAUACAUUCAAGACUUCUAAGAGAUUUCGUAUAAGUAAUGUCUCAAGCUCGGACACUUCAAAUAUAGAUUCUUCUAGCGAUGUAGCGAUGUGAUGAUGAAGCAGAUAACAAUGGUGAUGUGGUGGUGCAUUGCUAUGUGAUCGGCUGUAACAGUGAAACAUAACCUAUCAUUUGUAGGUCUGAUUUAUUUUGUUCCUUUCGGGUAUAAGCGUCUGGCAAGUCCACCUGGAUUCCUUGUCUGAGAGACCCUUGGAAAGUGUACAACAGAAUUAGCCACAUUAUUAUUUUAAGUAAACUUUUUGGAUGGAAAGUUUUUAAAAAUCUGCCAUCCUGUUUCUAAAUAGUGGUGAACCGUGAAAAGUAUUAACUCAGUUAUCACCAAAAAACGUGAGAAUUUUUAAAUCUAAAUGGGAAUUUUUAAACACUGUUAACAUUUACAUUUAUAAGUUUGAUUCUAGCAAAUUUUUUUAGAAACGUCAGCAGUGUAUGUUUCCUGGUAUAUCAAUAUAUUCGGCUAUGGGUGACGUGAAAUUAAAGAAAAAAAAACCGGCCAAGUGCGAGUCAGACUCGCGCACCGAGGGUUCCGUACUCGGGUAUUUUUUUCAACAUUUUGCACGAUAAAUCAUAAACUAUUAUGCAUAAAAAUAAAUAAAAAUCUGUUUUAGAAUUAAAGCCCAUUAGAAUGUAAAGCCCAUAAAGCAUAUGAUACCCCACUUGGUAUGGUAUC